CACACUGCACACUCUUGGCUGAAACCUGAGGACCAAUGCUACAUAGCAAAUGUUUUAACUUUUUUGUGGAAAUGAAAAGUCAAUGAAGCUAAUUUUACUUUACUUUGUAGCGACAAAACAAGGUGCAGAUCAGUACAUCCUUAACACACAAAGCAUGGUUUGGACUGCUGCUCGGGAUUACUGCAGAACAAACUACACAGACCUGACCAGUCUGAGGAAUGAUGCCGAGUACCAGAUAGUCCAGGAAGUAGCCAGUGGCAGUGAAGUGUAUGUUGGCCUCUUCAGAGACCCCUGGGAGUGGUCAGACCAGACUGACUCCUCAUUUAGAUUCUGGAACCCAGCCGAGACUGUCUGGACUAGUGGCACCCAAAACUGUGUUGCUAUGUUGAAGGAGAACUCUGGUAAAUGGGGAGACAGGGCAUGUACAGAAACACAUCCAUUCGUCUGUGACUGCAGGAACAAGCUGAGUUUCAUUAAGCUGAGGAUCAGCCCACAGGACUCAGUGCUGGAUCUAAGCAACCCUUCGGUGCAAGCAGACAUCUUGGAGCAAAUGAGCCAGAAGCUAAGGAGUAAUAACACGACUGCUGUUUUUCGUCUAACGUGGAGAAAACAAGCUGAUGGAAGAGUUUUUACCAAGGAGCCUUGAAGAAGUGGCUGAAGAUAAAAGAAUCAGAAAAGAUUAAGAUGGAUGAUCAAUGUACUUUAACAGACUAGCAUAGAACAGUGUGAACAUAUUAUAGACAGUUUUACACAUUAGAAUAUUUUACAUUUUCUUCAUUCAUCCAUGUAAUAAACAGUAGUAAGUUUUCCAGAAUCCUGUAUUUGAAUCCUGAAUUUUCCAAUAACUGUAAACAUCCCAAAGAUUGGCGGGUAACAGCAAAGCCAGAUUACAGUAAGGUAAUGAAAUGUACGUGAAUCUUUUUUCUAUCCUUAUGUGUGCAUUUGUGAGUGUUUUGGAAAGGAAUGUUUUAAAAGUGUCUCACACUGACAUCUAGCACUUACUUCGAUUGACUUGUUGCAACUGAAGGUGUUACGGCUCAACACUAUUUCUGCUGAGUUCCACUUAAGGCUGUUUUUUUGCUCGCCACAUCGCUUUUAUCGUGGGUGUCUCAUGAGGAUUUUCAUAUCACAUCCUAUGUUGCGUGACACAGUUUUUAUAGUGCGUCACCCACUCAGACCCCUCAGACCACUCAGUUUUCAGACCCCUCUUCUGUGGAACCAGCUUUCAGUUUGGAUUCAGAAGACCCAUUUUACUUUUAAGAUUAUACUUAAAACUAGUUGCGCUGCAAUAAGUCUAGGCCUCUGGGGGAUUCCCGUGAUGCAUUGAGUGUUUCUUCUUCAGUCACCUUUUUUACUCACUAUGUGUUUAAAAACCUCUCUGCAUUUAAAUAGUAGCUAAUAUUAAAUUCCCUGGCUCCCUUCCACAGCAUGUCUUUGUUCUGUCUUCACCUGAUCACCCCCAACCGGUCACAGCAGAUCCUGACCCGCCCUGAUUCGGGUCCUGCUGAAGGUUUUUUCCUGUAAAAAGGGAGUUUUUCCUUCCCACUAUCGCCAAAGUGCUUCCUC